AUGGCUAAAUCAUUACGUGCAAGUACUCGUCUAAAUGCGAAAUCUGUUAUUCGUAAGGGUGUAUUCCAAAAGGUUGUCGAUGAUAGAGCUUCAAGAGUUGCUGAUAAAUUAAAGAAAGAUUUGAUUAAUCAAAAGUUAAAAGACUUGAAGGAAAAAGAAGGUAUGGAAAUCGAUGAAGCUACUUUAUUGAAAAAUGAAGAAGAAGCUAAAAAGGAAGCUAAUGAUAAAAAAGUCAGCACUUCUGGUUGGAGAGAUGCUAGACACCACAACUAUAAAAAGGCCAAACUAGGUAAGAAUAAAAAGAAGGGAUCUUUUACAAGAUUCUGA